GUUGCUUCUUCGGAGAAAAAGGUUCUCGAGGGUGUCCUUGCCAAGAUCGGUGUGGUCCAGACAUUGAGCAGGACUGGGAAUGACCCUUGCAAGCCGGUCGUUGACACCAUCUGUGCAUCUGUCAAGGCAUCGGUGGUCACCAAAUUGAAGUGUCAGCAGUGGAUCGCACUUGGAGAGAACAUUGAGAAUCGUUUGCGCAGAGAUUCCAAGCAUUUGCUUUUGAAGCAGUGCAUGGAAGCACACAAGCUUUUUUUCCAAGAAGCCACUGCCAUGGAAAGUCUUUGCUACAAGCUGGCAGAGGCAGGAGCAGGAUUGAGCUUUUCCGAGAAGCUCUACCACGAGCUGAACCACAAGGUGGUGGCAACCCAGAUUGAGGAGUGCACGACUGAGCUCCUAGACACAGUCAAGAUGCUUGUGUGCCAGUCCAUUCGCAAACUGGAUGUUGCAUUUGAGAGCGUCGCCAACAUUGUCGGGGAGUGGUUGCAGAAGUCAUGGCAUGACUCUUGUGAAAACCCAGAUCUUUUGGAAUCAGUUGUGACAGCUUCAGCCAACACGAUUUCCAAGAUCAGG